AUGGAACGAGAGCUUUGCUUGAUUACGCCGGUGCGACUCCGUGGCAAAGUGGUUCAUGGCUUUGGUCGAGGAUCCAAGGAGCUGGGCUUUCCAACAGCCAACCUCGAGAUCCAGGAGGAAAGCUGGGAGAGCAAGGCCGAGGAGGCCACUGCGACCUCCUCGGGGGAUCAGCGGGCGCUGCGGCACUUCGCGGAGUCACACCGCACGGGGAUCUACUGUGCCUUUGGCUCCAUCGAAGAAGGUGUGGGAGGAGAAGAAGUUCACCCAGUGGCCAUGAGCAUGGGCUGGAACCCCACCUUCGAAGACGUCAAGGCCAAGACCAUUGAGCCAUGGAUCCUACACCACUUCGAUGAGGACUUCUACGACUGUCACUUGCGCUUGCUGGUGGUGGCAUACGUCCGGCCAGAGGUGAAGUUCGAGUCCCUCGAGCAACUGAAGGCGGAGAUUGGAAAAGAUGGCGACUUCUGCAGGAUGUCACUCGAAAUUCCGAGCCUGGCCUGCUUCAAAGAAGACCCUUUCCUGAAGCCAUGGACGCAGAAGGUCCAGGACAUGCCUGGGAUCAUCACCAGUGCUCAGUUGCAGGAGGCUUUGUCCCAGUUGCCUCCGCUGCUGGAGUCCCACACGCGGCUCUUCCUCACGCGGCAUGGGGAGACCGCGGCCAAUGAGCAAGGCGUUCUAUGCGGUGGCGGCCACGAGUCCGAGCUCAAUCAACAGGGCCUGAAGCAGGCGGAGGAGCUCGCCCGUGAGCUCCGGGAAUGCCGCUUCGCGCUGGUGGGCUCCUCCAGUCAGCUCCGAGCGCGGCAAAGCGCCCAGCUGCUGUCCGCGGAGCGAAACGACGUUUCAACAGCGGAAGUUCUGGAGAAUCUGCAUGAGAUGCGCUAUGGGCACCUAGAGGGUGCUCGCAUUGCCGACGUGCGCUCGGAGAUGAUCUCGAUCGCGGAGAGUUGGCGCCACGGGAAGCUCCAGGAACGCGUUGGAGGAGUGGAAGGUGAAAGCCCACAGGAUUUGAUUGAACGUGUGCUUGCUUCCCUUGGCAAAGUCUUGCGGCAGAACAGGGGGCAAAAUGUGUUGCUGGUGUGCCAUUCGUGGGUCAACAAGGCCUUGAUCGCUCAUGUGACUCCGGGAUUGGGCUUGCAGAAGCUUUUGGAUGUGCCACAGCGGAACUGUGCGGUGAAUGUCUUGGACUACUGCUGUGAGGGCACGGAUGCCGGUUCCUUCCAGGUUUUGGCUGUUGACCUUGUGGCCCAAAGCCGCGGCGCCGCGCGUUUCUGA